AUGGAGUCGAAUCGCGCCAACGACAACAAUGUAAGGAGAGCUUCAGAAGAAAUGUCGCUCGGCGAAGCAAGGAAGCAAGAGCCCUCGUCGCCUACUGGCUCCCUAAUCGAAUUCGACAUCGGUGCCCGCGGCUCGAUCCGUAAAUCCUCAACGCAAUUCGAUGGCCACUCGCAAUAUUCUCCGCCGCCGUCACAGGAACCACCGUUAUCCGUUUCCGCAGAAUCCUCGCCGAUGAAAUCUCCGCCGCCCGUCCAAACAAUGGGCCACCCGCCGGGAUACGAUCCAAACCGGAUUCCGGCGUCGGUUUUCGCUAAAUCGCCGGGGAAUGCUUCAGAAUGGAGCGCGACGUCGAACGAGUCAUUGUUCAGUAUUCAGAUGGGCAACAACAGCUUCUCCCGGGACUACAUGUUUCUGUUUGGGAAAUCCGACGAGGUUCCGAGGAUAGACGAUUGGAGCUAUUCUCCGUCGCACCCGCUUGGCUCGCCUGGGGACAUCCCGAGACUCAAAGAAUCGUCCAAGUCUGAGCCGAGUAAUUCCCCGGCCACCCUCCCGGAAGCGCGAUCGCCGGAACAAGGCAGAAUAUCGUCACCGUCGCCGUCCCCGUCCCCGGACGAGCAAUCGAAACCCGAGAAGAAAGACAGCAGUAGUCCGAAAAUCGUCAUAGCGAAUCAUACGAGGGAGAAAUCGAUCUCAGAUCUUGCUGUCGAUCCGCCUGCCGCUUCCCCAAAAAGUCCCGCCGUAAAAACUCCGGCGCCAGCCGAGACAACGCCGCCAGGCCCUCCAACCCCGCCGACGCCGUCUACACCGACAACUUUCCCGAGCCCGCCGCGGUUCUCCAACGAGAGCGGCAACAGCGGGAGCUCCUUCGCCUUCCCGGUGUAA